GCCUACUACUAGUAGGAGUUUGCUGUUUGGUUGGAGCUUCAAGGCUUAAAAAAUCUGAGAAAAAAGUGUAAAGAUGAGAGCUUUAAGCAUUGUUUGUGGGUUGGGUCGUUCAAUUCAGAGCAACAGGAGCAGUCUGAUUUCUUCGGUUGCUGGAGUGCUCAAUCCCUUACGUUGUCGAGCUUUGUCAACAAUGUCGAGAGAGGAUCCAGAGCUGAAGGAGGUGUUGGAUUUCAUGGACAACCUCAAGAACUACGAGAAAUCAGGGGUACCCAAAGGCGCAGGAACAGAUUCCGAUGAUGGGUUCGAUCUUGGUAGAAUGCGGCGCCUCAUGGCGCUUCUGGGCAACCCUCAUUCUACAUUCAAGGCUGUUCAUAUUGCUGGUACUAAAGGAAAAGGAUCAACUGCUGCAUUUCUGUCUAGUAUCUUAAGAGCAGAGGGCUACUCUGUUGGUUGCUAUACCAGUCCACAUAUAGAAACUAUUAGGGAACGCAUAACCUUGGGACGGUUGGGUGAGCCAGUGUCUGCCAUUGUAUUGAACCAUCAUUUCCAGAGGGUGAGGACAGUUCUUGAGAGAGCAGUUGAACUUGAAAAAGGGCGUCUUAGUCAUUUUGAGAUUUUCACUGCUAUUGCUUUCAGCCUAUUUUCUCAAGAGAAUGUUGAAAUUGCCGUGGUUGAGGCUGGAUUGGGUGGAGCACGAGAUGCAACAAAUGUAAUUUGCGGUUCUCAUCUUGCUGCAUCAAUCAUAACAACAAUUGGUGAGGAACAUCUAGAUGCUUUAGGGGGUUCCUUGGAAAGCAUUGCAGUUGCAAAAUCAGGGAUAGUCAAAGAUGGCCGUCCAUUAGUUCUAGGCGGGCCAUUUCUUCCACAUAUUGAGUGCAUUCUCCGUGACAAAGCGGCUUCUGUGUCUUCACCUGUAGUAUCGGCUUCUGAUCCUGGAAAUAAGAGUUCUCUCAAAGGCUUCAGUCAAACAAGUGGCAUAACUCACCAAGUGUGUGACAUAGUGCUCCGUAUUGAAAAAGAUCUUCCUCUGUCCAUUGAGCUAUUUGACGUGAGGAUACACAUGCUUGGGUAUCACCAACUUAAAAAUGCAGCGACAGCUACCUGUGCAGCACUUUGCCUUCGUAACAAAGGAUGGAGAAUGUCUGAUGCAUCCAUUCGUGCUGGUCUAGAAAGUGCGAUUUUGCCAGGCAGAAGCCAUCUUUUAACUUCAAAAGAAUCUGAAAGGCUAGGACUACCUCAGAUUACUAUACUGCUUGAUGGAGCACAUACGAAGGAAUCAGCCCGAGCUUUGGCCCAGACAGUCAAGAUGACAUUUCCAAAGGAAAGAUUAGUUCUUGUGGUCGCUAUGGCAAAGGACAAAGAUCAUCUAGGUUUUGCGAGAGAACUACUCUCAGGUUUUAUUAAUUCUUUGGAAGCUGUAUUUCUUACAGAAGUUAGCAUUGCUGAAGAUAAAUCUCGAACUACUUCCUCAUCUUUUUUAAAAGACGUUUGGACUAAAGCUUCAAGAGAAAUGGGUAUUAACGUUCUUGAUCUUGGAGCUGCAGAUUGCAAACAGUUUACGGGGGAUCAGUCAAUUCUUUCUGCUAAGGCUGUAGAACCCCGAGCAAUAUUGUUUUCUCAAGGGUCAUUAAUGGCCUCUAUGAGAGUUGGAUCUCAGAUUUUGAAUGAACGAAAGGGAAACCAAGUCGGAGUUCUGUUAGUUACUGGGUCUUUGCACGUUGUUUCAGCUGUAUUACGCUCCCUCCAUUAAGGAAUGACGAAAAACGAAAUAAUAGUAGAGAGGAAUUAGUUUGUGUAUGUAACACUCGUUAUCGAUGAACGAUAAUCUUUAAUAAGAUGUUCCUUUGACACAUGGCUCGAGGCCGGGCUAUCUCUUGUGGUACAACAUAAUGCUUUCUUGUUAAAAGUCUGCACGAGCUAAUUCAAUUUUCUGGUACGCGCUUA